AUGGCAUUUCCACCUCCACCGCCCCCGCAAUGGGUCCUCGACCUCAACUCCACCCCUCCGAGCAAGCCAAAGUCGAACGCGUACCCUGAUCCUCCAGGCUACACAGCGCCCACCUCGCUCUCCAAACACUCCAAGUCCUCCAAAGCCGCAACGCCCGCGCGCAAACCACCCACGCCCGAAGAGAUGGAUACCCUGAAACUGAAGAAGGCUUGGGAGCUUGCCCUCGCGCCCGCAAAGCAGCUUCCAAUGAACGCCAUCGGCAUGUACAUGACGGGCAACAGCCUGCAGAUCUUCAGCAUCAUGAUGGUAUUCAUGCUGUUCAAGGCCCCCGUACAAGCGAUAUUCAACAUCCAAGGCACGUUCCAGAGGCUGGAGAGUGGUGGAAAUAAACAGCAGAUGAUUCUGGUGAAGCUAGCCUUCAUCGGUUGUAACCUGCUGGCUUUGGCAUUGGGCAUUUGGAAGGUGAAUGGGAUGGGAUUAUUGCCGUGAGUAUCAGAACAUGGACCUGACUGCUGGCAAACAACUGACAUGAUACCAGGACAACGCGAUCGGAUUGGCUGGCGUGGGAGUCUGCGCGAGAACCGUUAGAGAGGGCGUACUUUGUGCCGUCAUAG